AUGACAGUGUUUAAUGCAAUUGAAAAUUGGAAGAAGUCCAACCACAAGCACAAGAAAAAAGGAAAAGGGAGGGCUCCAUGUCAAGGGUGGACGGGUGAUGAAGAGAGGCCACUCGCUCAAUCAUGGCUAGAUGUGUCGGAGGACCCGAUCCACGGCGACGAUCAAGACUCAAAAACUUUCAAAGAAAAUGUUUGGCGUAACUUUUGUAAAUGCAUGAAAAAGAAUACCCGCAACCCCAAAUCACUUUACUCUAAGUGGAGGACCACCAAUCGAGCCAUAAUGGAGUUCAACGACAUCUAUAUAAAUGCCAUCAAAAACCUCCAAAGCGGUGCAACUGAGUUGGAUGUCAUAGCUAAAGGCAGUCGAAAAAGGCUAGGGUUAAAAACUGCCGACGAUUACACAGGGAUGUCCAAACGAAGCGAAACUUUCAAGACCACCAACAAUCAAUCUCCCAAUGCGCGUAUCGGAGGGAUUGACAUCAACGAAGAUUCUUAUAGAGUUCCAACUUGUCCUAUGGGAAGAGACAAAGCAAAAAGAAAGUUGAAAGCAGCAUAA